AUGGAUACGCCUAAAGAUAAUUCAGAUAAAAGAUGCAAUAUUCAUGGACCCACCAAAGUUCAUCAAGUGUGCCAAGAAGUAAUUUUAUUUAAUCCCAUAUCUCGAAAAUUAAUCAAUGAAGCAAAUGGAGUGUUUCUUGCUCUCCAGAACGUUACUAGUGAAGAAAGUAAUCCUUGUGGUAGACGAGCAGAGUUAUUGAAGCUCAGUCGGUGGUACAGAUCAAUUAUACAGGCUUGUUUGGAGAAUUUGCAAGAUGCUGCGAAAAAUGAAGAAAAUGAAAAAGACACAUAUUUGAAUCUAGUAACAUUUUUAGAAUGGAUUAAAUUUCAUUUCUUUCAACCUGAAAGAAAAGCAAUUGCUUUAAUAAAUACAUUAUAUGGCAGUCAGAAUCAAGAUGAUGAACCAGAAACUCACCCUGACUAUUGGAACACAGUUACACAAUUAGUACUUCAAGGAAGACUUGAUCUGGCAAAGAGUUUACUCUCUUUGCAUUCAAAAUCGUAUUCAGAGCCUAUUAAGAGACUUGAAUACAUGCUGAAAACAAUGCCUUUUUAUAGAGUGUAUGGUGGAUUGUCUGUUACUGAAUUCAAUAUAAAAUGGAAAUGUUGGCAGAAUGAAUGUAUUAGGCAUUUAGAAGAUGGAUUGUAUUCUUCUGAUAAAAACCUUGAAUUAAUAGUUAUGUUAUUGGCUGGUGAUAAUAGAGGAUUCCAGCAAAUUCAAGAACUGUGUGAGACUUGGUACCAGUAUAUGGCUGCUGUGUUGUUAUACACAGAACCUACUGUUAAGUGUUUUGAUCUUAGUUUUCAUGCUAAUCGAUGCAUUAAUCAGUUAGGACUUGCUGACACAUUAAAAAGUCUGGAUGUCAUAUUACUUGCUCUUUUUGAUUCAGAUCUUUUAGAGGCCAUAAAGCUAAUUGGUGAAGGAAUAGAAAAUGGAUGGUUUGCAGCCCAUUUAACUGAUCUUCUUUACCAUUGUGGCUGUGUGAGUUUGGUUGAUAACCAACAAAUAAAUUUGACUGCUGAAAUGAGAGAGCAACUCUUACUGGAUUAUGCCUCAAUGCUUAUGUCACAUUCUUCUUUGUGGCAAGUGGGAGUAAGCUAUUUAGAUCACUGUCCUACCCUUGGACGAGAAUAUCUUGAGGUCAUUUUACCCACCUUGCCUUUAACCUCAGAGAAACGGGCUCUCAAAAUCUUACAAGUAGCACAAAGUAGAGAUAUGCCUGAAACAGUUUGCAGCAUUUGUAAAGUAUUGGGCAUGAGAUCUUUCAAGCAAAACAGACUGGGAAAUGCCUUAGCAUGGGCUCUACGAUCACAAGAUUCAGGAUUUGCUACUUACUUGGCUGAUCGUUUUCUGGAGCGAUAUAGCCGUGAUGGCAAAUUUGAUUCAACAGAUUUGCUGGAAAAUUUGGGAUCCUGUAUGGUUCUCAGUGACAGGUUGACAUUUUUAGGAAAAUACUGCGAGUUUCACCAGCUUUAUCGGCGAGGGGACUUUCAAGAAGCAGCUAACCUUUUAGUUUCUCUUAUGGUCUCACGCUUAGCUCCCAAAUAUUUUUGGCUGACUCUCCUCAUGGAUGCUUUACCUCUUUUGGAGUCAAAUGAAAUAGUUCUCUCAUCAGAAGACACAUAUGAACUCUUGGAUUGCUUGGAACGACUUACCCUUGGUGGAACAUCCAGAACAAAAUCUUUAGUAGACACUUUAGAACUUAAUAAACAUGUUAAAGCUUCAGAUGUGGACUCUGAAGAUCUUCUUAGAGACAAAGUGGACUUAAUUCGUUUAGCCUUAGGUCGCAAUUUAGCUCGUUCUCUGAUACAUGAAGCAUGCAAUAUACCAGAUCAGGACCAAAAAAUGGAAAAAGAUUUUUAACUGGUCUCUGUGAUAUCUUCAAGAACACUUGUUUCUCUGAGGGACGAGGGUCCUCAGAGACAUCACCAACUGAGUACAAGAAAGACUAAAGCACCUGACUUAGGAGAGGAAGGAUAAAUGUGUUUAGCAGCAAAGGGUUUUAUAAACUAUUUUAUUUGUUCCAGCCUACUAUGGACUUUAAAUAAACAGUGAUGUACACACAUUGUACUGAUCAUUAUUUUGUAGUCAUCAAGAAAGUGAUUGCAGGCGCCAAUGACCUUCGCUGUCAAUGCGCCCUUAAACUUAAUUAUCAAUCAAUCAAAAAAGUGAUUGAGAACCAAGUACUAAUGUAAUAUUUUUAUAUAUGUAAUAUGUAAUAGUUAAAAUGGUCUUUGGUAUUCGAUUUUUUUUUUUUUAUUGUUUGAAUCCAGCUUGCAACUGCAAUCAUGUGUAACUGUGUCUCUGCGUCUCUGCAGAUACUACUGUAAGUGUCAGAUUGAAAAAUAAAUGAUUUUGUAAACCUUUGUCUUGUUCAAUCUUGCGAACAAUCUCACGAUCAAGUUCGGUACCAGGGCGCAGCUCUAAUUGCCACUCCUCCCGCGUUUACACCUCCAAGGCGUCCCGACACCUACGAAAUGCACCGAACACUCGAGGAUAAUGAAAGGUUUUCAAUCAAACGCUUGACCCUCUGUCUGUUGCGAGCACUGGUCGCCGUCCCAGCAGCCGGCGAGGAGUCAUUAGCAAAGGCUAGGCCAUUCACCCC